GGUUUCCACGGUGUCCUCCACAGCACAACAUUGGGUUCAAGGUUAGGUUCGGAGUUCGGACCUCUGAAAGAAUUCUUUGCAUUUUAGAGGUCGCUUCUGGGGGUGGGGCGGGAUGUGCGAAUAUAUCACGGAAUGGCCGCCGCCCGACUCAUCCGAUUCCGCCGAAGUAGAUCUCGUCGCUGAUCCCACAUGUCAAGACCAGGCUUGGAACCCCUAUCUAGAGGACAUGGUCCGUUUGAAGGACAUGACUGGGCCCGACUCGGCUAAUAAAAAGUCCAAAUUGGAUUGGGAUGAUGCCAUUCCCGACAACGCUAGGUUGUCAUUGGCCAAAUGGGCCCGCCAAAAUCAAGGCUUGGCCUCGAAAUCAGACCCAUCCACUCAUGUUAAAACUCGACUCAAUCGGCUCAAAAAGACCCAUUCCGCGGUUCAAUUUUUGGCCCAACAAAUUCUGACUAUUUUAGCGAAUGGGAACUGCCAUCGGAGUAAGGCCACCCAUUUCAUGAUUGCCUCGUAUUUUCAUGAGUUAGGGUGGUACGAUUCUGCUCUCAAAGCUAUCCAACUGGCCUCGGCGGGAACAUGGAAGAAGCCCUUGGGCGAUCUCGAUAGGAACGAAUUUGGGAUGCUGGUAGAAAACACGUCCGACGAAGAGCGUGAGGUGCUCUGGUGGCACGAGAAACUUCGUCUUCAAUGUCAAAUGCGGGCUAAAGCUCGGGAUAGGUUGGAUGUCAAGGUAACCGCUCAGAGGCAAGUGGCUCGAGUUGAUGGCAAAGAUUUAAGUGUGGCUACAUUUCGGCAAGAUUUUGUUCGGGCGCAGAAGCCCGUGAUCAUCACUCGCACUCUUUCCCGUUGCGUCAAGGAAUCGUGGACCUGGGAUCUUAUCCGAACUGUCGCUGGUCAGAAAGAGGUGGUGUUGAAGCGAUGGGAAAAAGAUUCUCUGGAAUGGGCCCGAUUGGAGCCCUCUGUGACUUCUACGGUGGACAACUUUAUCACCGGUAUUCAACAACGAGACGAGAAAGUCAUGUCUCUGUACUUGUUUGAUUGGAGCCUGCCCCUGUUUUGUCCCGAGCUGAAUCGCUUAUUCGAGAUGCCCGAAUACUUUCGCCACGAUUACCUCAAGAUGACCCCGGAUCAUGCCCUAUAUCGUCAAAGUUGGCCGAGUCUUUUCAUUGCACCCAAAGGUGUACGAGGUGGACUUCAUAUCGAUGCAUUUGCCUCCAACUUCUGGAUGAUGCUUCUUCAGGGGAGAAAAAAGUGGACAUUCUUUGAUCCAGAGGUUGUUCCACACUUGAAACCCUGUUACGACGAGUCAUUUGAUCCAGUGUUUGACCAAGAUAUGGAAGAUUCUGCUAAGCUUACUGCUCUGGGCGCAUUUGAGAUCAUCUUGGAACCGGGUGAGAUUCUUUUUGUGCCCAGAGGGAGCCCUCAUCAGGUCGACAACCUGGAAGACUCUGUGGCAGUUUCGGGGAAUUUUGUGGAUGAUUCGAAUUUUGAAGAAACGAUACAGCAUCUCAAGAUUAACGGUCUACUCGAUCCAAGAGCUCUUGAUCUUCUGAAUGAGUUGAGUACCGUCCAUUCAAAAGUGAAAUAGCGCUUUGGUCUUUAAUUGACGGAAAUAGAAUUAAUUUAGUACAAUAUACUAUUGGUGUCCGUUGUUAAUGUUGGGCUCGGAAGCAUCAACGUCGCCCGAAUCGUUUAUCGCGAAACACGCUUAAGCUCAUGGAGGGAAUCUGAACCGAGUUACAACUGACGAUAUUGUUUGAGGUGGAGCUCCCGGGCAACUUCAUCACUUGCGGCUGAAUCGAGCGGAUCGUAUCUGCAUUGUCACAAAUGAUUCGAGCCAACGAAGUCUUCCGGAUCUCUUGGAGCUGAUCAGAUGUGAACCCAACAUUUGUGGGGUGAUUCAAAUCGUAAAAGAACCGGUCACCCAGCUUCAACCUGUUGGAAAUAGAAAGAGUGAGCGUGGAUAAUUUCGAUUGACACCUGAUAGCGACUACCUAGCAAACUGAUCCCCAAUGAUGCAUUUGAAAGUAGGCCCAAGGAGUGCAUCAGCGUCUUUGGUCUCCAAAUAUCCACCCACGAACAAAUCCACAUCGUCCACGUGUUGGUAAAUCUGUCGCAGUUUGGCCACUUGAAACGGACUGAUGACAUCCUCAAAACCCGACCAAUCGGUCACACGACCCGUGCCGACAUCACAAAUCGCUCGAUAGGCAUUAUAGCCCGGUAGGCCGUGGUCACGGCCCCGCUGAAUGUUCAAACUGACCAGGUCCAAUCCUCCCCGAUUCAACCCGGACUCGAAUAAGUGAUCUUGGAUAUCCGGGGAAAAGGCGUUGUCCCAGAGUUCACCCUCUUGGCUAGUGAGACCCCGAAGCAGAUCGUCAAUCAUUCCUGAGGAUUUCUUCAUCUCA